CAAACAGCAAAAGAAGAAGAAGCUCAAUAGAAUAGCGGACCUUCUUUUCACCGUAGUAAAUGCGGCAAUUCCAGGUGCAUUUACAUCGCUCUCUUCAAUAUGCCUAUAGGAGAGAACGAGAUAAACAUACACGCGUUCGAAAAGGUUAUGCGAAUUUGACGUGAAUUGUGAAUUUUAUUUGCUGUUGCCGAGAAAAAAACGCGAACUUACUAUAGCGCACACAUUUUCUUUUAAUUUUUCGUUUGGUUUUAAACACAAAAAAGGCUCAAAACUAUCUAAAUAUAUACAUUUUUAAUCGGUGUAAAACUUGGUUGAAAAAAGAAUUCCUGAAAUUAGCAGCAAACGACAGCAAAAAGUAAAAUAGAUCUUGGCAAAUAGAAGCGUUAAAAGUGAAGUGGUAUAAGAGGAAGUAGCGGUCGCCGCAACUCGCGGAAGCACCAUUAAAACACCAAAAGUACAUAAAUUUGGAAAUUAUAGAUUCUUGAAAUUUACAGUGAAGGAAUAUGAAAUGGGUAUACGCCCAGCAAACGCUUCAAUCAAGCGCAAGUCAAGUCUAAUAAAAUAAAUAAUCAAGAGAAAUCCAAUCAAGUAGCGAACAAAACAAAAAGCAAGCGUAGCUUGUACAAGUGAAUGUCGCUUAUUAAUCAAAUAAGAAAAUAAAAUAAACAGCGCUUGCCUCCACCAUUACUCUAAAACGCUAAUCAAAUCCGGCGCGAUCAAAUUUUGAAAAGUUUUUUUUUUUUUUUACAAAGAAUUCCCGCGCGUUUAAAAUUCUUGUUGUGUAAAUUUCACUAAGAGACGAACGAAGUUGUUAAAAAUUAGAAAUUAAAAAACAAAACAAAAAGUCGGUCGCAUAUAAAGUCGGUUUAAAGCAACGUGGCUGAAACAGCAGCAACAGCAAAGCCUACAACAGCUGAUCGCCCGAAUAUCUUUUUGCAGGCAAUGCCUUCUGCCAUAAGCGGUACUGGACACGGCUCAGGCGCCGUUAGUCACAACGUGAAUAUACCUAGCAAUGAGGAGUGUGGCAUUCGUGAUGUUUGGAAGCAUAACCUUGAGGAGGAGUUUCGCACAAUACGUAAAGUCGUGCAAAAAUACCAUUAUGUGGCGAUGGACACAGAGUUUCCGGGCGUUGUAGCGCGUCCUGUUGGUGAAUUUCGUUCCACCGCUGACUAUCACUAUCAGCUAUUGCGUUGUAAUGUCGAUUUGCUGCGCAUCAUACAACUUGGAUUGACCUUUAUGGAUGACGAAGGCAAAACACCGCCCGGUUACUCAACAUGGCAGUUUAAUUUUAAAUUUAAUUUAAGCGAGGACAUGUACGCGCAGGAUUCAAUUGAUUUGCUACAAAAUUCUGGCAUACAAUUUAAAAAACACGAAGAGGACGGUAUUGAUCCACUUGAUUUUGCCGAAUUACUAAUGUCCUCAGGCAUUGUGCUUGUGGAUAAUAUCAAAUGGCUGUGCUUUCAUUCGGGUUACGAUUUCGGUUAUCUACUAAAAUUGUUAACCGAUCAAAAUCUACCCUCCGACGAGAGUGAAUUUUUCGAAUUAUUACGCAUAUAUUUCCCCAACAUUUACGAUAUUAAAUAUCUGAUGAAAUCAUGUAAAAAUUUGAAAGGUGGCCUACAAGAGGUCGCCGAUCAAUUGGAAUUGCGACGUGUUGGGCCACAACAUCAAGCCGGUUCUGAUGCGCUGCUCACCGGAAUGGCAUUCUUCAAAAUGCGUGAGAUGUUCUUCGAGGAUAAUAUCGACAAUGCCAAAUAUUGCGGUCAUCUUUAUGGGCUCGGCACAUCGUUUAUUGUAAAUGGCACAAACUUCCACGAUAGCAAUGGCGACAACAACAACACAACGUGAUUCGUUUUCAUUGAACGUACAGCGAACACGGCGAACUGAUUAAGAUUCAACUCGUCGCGCAGGUUUGAAGAUGAUACUUUUUUUGUAAACAAAUAACAGCAACAGCAGUAAGGCGCGCAGUAAGGCACUUAAGAUGAAAAUUAAGCUUUUAAAUAAAAAGAAAUAUCCACAAAAGUGGGGACUUUAAACAGUUAUCAACAAAAACAAAACACAUAGGAGCAAAUGGAGCAAAACUUGUAAACAAGGAGGGCGAACAAACAGAAAACAAAAGAGCUCACACACACACACACCAGGUUAAACACACAAAACAAGCAAUAAAAAGUUGUUUCAAAUCCAAACAAACCAAAACAAGAUAUACUCCACCCAGUACAGAUUAUAUGCGGGUCAAGACAAAAACAGAAAUGUUGGCAAAACGGAGCGUGAAAACAAAAACAAAAGAAUAAUCUUAGAGAAAUAAUGCUAAUUUAAUUAAAAACGUAUGUUUAGUCAAUAUUUAUAUGAAAUUGAAAAGCAACUUUUAAAACAUUCAACGUGCACAUUGUUAAAAAAAUAUAUAUACGUACGUUAAUCGUCAAAUGUGAAACAACAGUAAUUGUAAAAUAUUUUUUUUAACGCUAACUGCUACGAUUUCUUAACUACCACAAUAACAAAUGCAAUCUUUAUUAAUUAUACCGUAUUCAUUGUCUUGCUAAUUAAUAUAUAGAUAUAUACCACAUAUAUGCAUAUAUAUAUAUAUAUCAAAUGUGUAUGUAAGUUAGAAUCUUUAAGCUACUUCUAAUCGUAAAACUCUAAAUGUAAACAUAAUUUAAAGAAUACAAAAGAACCAAACGUACGUAGAAAUAUAUAUAAUAUAAAGAUAUACUCCUCUGUAAACGUUGUGUCGUCCCUUCCUUGUACGUGAAAGAAAUAUAAUUAAAAUUUAAAACUUGUAUUGUAGUAGAAAAAAGUAAAAAUUAUACAAAAACAAAAAACAAAUAAA